AUGUCUGAUGGAGAUCUUUCAAAAGAACUUGAUGACAGAUUUGGCUCUCAGUGUGGGGAUAUUUUGGUCUUUUUCGAUGCAUUGGAUAAUUGCAACUCUGAAUCGGUUAAUGUGAAGGUAACAGUUUCCAAUUCGAAUCCAAACAUAGUAAUGGUUGGAUUUCGUGUCCAUGUGGGGAACACAUUAGCAAACCAUAUACCCUCUGAGAUAACAAUUUUCCAAAGAGUUAUAAAACUAGACGAAGGCAUGAGGUCAUGGUAUGACAUCCCAUUUACAGUUGCAGAAUCCCUUCUAGCUGAUGAAGAAAUUACAAUCUCCAUAGGAACAACUUUCAACAGAUCAACUUUACCAAGAAUAGACACUUUAGAAAUUUAUGGUAGAGUAAAGGAUGAAUUUGGUUGGAAGGAGAAAAUGGAUGCAUUACUGGACAUGGAGGCACGUGUGCUUGGUAGCAGUUCUUGGGUUUCAGGAUCUUGGAAAAAACGUUGCAUUGGUCAAGUUACUCCUAUUGAAGAACAGGCUUGGCGUGUGCAUACUCCAAGGCCUGUUGCUUUCAAGCUUGUUGCUGAUACUCCUCUUCUUACUGGAAAACAAACAAUCUUUCUUUUCUUUCCAGACAUGAUUAGAGGCAUGUUUUUGGCUGUAGUUAUUGGACCACCUGUUGUGGUUGCCAUCAUUUUAAUAGUACAGGGUAAGGAGAGCAUUCUAAACAUUCUGGAAACUUUAAAAGAAGAGGGAAAUAGGGUCUUGUUCAAUGCUUUAGCUGUGUUUGCUCUAAGGGAGAUCAACUUAUCAAAAGUAACCUUCUCAACAACAACGUUCUACUUAAGCAGGUGA